AUGUCAGAUAACAGAAUACGAAAUAUUCCAUCAAGUAGUUUAGAUAUUGAUUUAUAUAGCUGCUUCUUCAAAAUAAUCAUCACAAUAAUCAUUCAAAAAGAUUGAUCAUUCACCUACAAGUUAUUAGUUAGUGCUUUCAUAAUUCUGUAAAAACUAAAAACAGGAAAAAUACUUAAAAUCUAUUCCAGUCCUUUAAUCUGAUAGAGGGUUUAUUGAAAAUUUGUAAUAAUAAAUAGUUGAACUUACAAAAAAAGUAGAAUAUCUAACUUAUGAAAAUAAAACUCUCAAACAGAGUCGUGUCAAUACAUUAAACGUAUUGUUUAAGUUCUAUUAAUAGAAUAUUUAAUAAAAAUAUCAAAAAUUGAACAACUAUAGCCAGUUGUUAGAGUAAAUACAAUAAUUAAAAAUAGAAAACAUCUCUUUAAAACAAAGUCUAUUUCAAUUAAAAAUGGAUUUCUAAAUCUCACUUAAUCCUUUAAAAUAAAUUAUUAACCAUUACAUUACAGUGCCUUAGCAUGAUAUUUAAGAUGUUUUUGAAUUAAGACUUUCUCAAUUAGAAGGUAAAUAUGAAUGAUUAAUUUUAGAUUAAAUUUCACUCUUAAAUUAAAAAUCUGAAUUAUUAAACUUAGAACGAACUUAAUUAAUAGAGAAGAACAAUUAUUUAGAAGAUGAACUUUAUUCAUGUUAAUAAAAGUUAGAUUAUUAAAUCAAGUAAUGA